AAGAUCUCCCCCUUCUACACGUGUGUAUGAAUACAGGAGACAGACUGGUGGUCUGAAGGGAGAUCGCCUGGCUCUGGAAGAUGGGGCAAGCUGGGUUAAUCGUAUGAUAAUGACAGGAGUGAUAAAUGAUCCUGCCAUUAUUUUAAGAGCUUUCGAGUAUCUCCUCUCUCUGUGUGCCACUUACCUGGUGACUUUCAAGGAGCCGCACCAUUUCGCUCACCUGCCCUGGGGACAGUUUCCUCAUUAACAAGCAAGACCUGACCAGCUGCCAUUGUGUAUUGAAGAAUUAACCACUCCCAGGAACUGAGGAAUUGAUGGGAACCAUCUGGUUGUAAUCAGAAAAAAACACGAAGUAAAACAACAAAGGCCCCUCCAUCGGGGGUCCCCUCCUCAGAACACAGGUGCUGUGUUGUCUGCAGUUGCACAUGGUUUAGUGUGUUUGCCUGGUCGAAGAUUUGGAUACCUGAAUGUGAUGGAGAACAGGAAGCAUGGCCCUGAUCAUCUAGUUUACAGAAUGUGAAGUGUGUUUGAGCCGUGUUCGGCGUUGAAAUGAUGACCAGUAAUGCGGACAAUGACUACAAGGCGCUUGAGAACUACAUCCUCAAAAUACAGGGAGAAAUAUGUGAUGCUAUAUCAAAUGUUACCGAUGACUUGAAACGUGAAAUUGCCGAGGAUGUACUUGUGGGGAAGGUGACCAAUCAGAAGCCUGGUAACAAAAGUGAGGAAUCUAACAACAACUCCCAAUGGAUAAAUUCAAAUCAUUCAAGUGGCGGAGAAAAGGAUAGUUGUGUAGUGGAGGAGGGUAGCAGUCGCCAGUCGCGAGAGUUGAGUCGCCAGUCCAGCAAGGAAGGAUAUCGGUACUGUUGUAUCGACAGAGACUGCUGUGAUGAGGAGCAGGAUGCAGAGCUGCAGUAUGGGGACAAAAAGGAACUGGUGGUCUCCGACGAUGACGGCAAAACAACAUCAUGCCUACCUUCAGUUGAUCACACGGAGCAAAUCAUCAGUCAUGUGAUCAACCAGCAACGGACAAAGAGAAAGAGCCGACCAGAAGGCAGUGAUGAUGCUGGUAGCCUGAGGAACAGCCAAUCACGAUGCAGCAAACACAUAGCAGAGCUAUCUGACAGUGAGCAUAGUUACACAGACUUUGGUUGCCAAGUUCCACCAAGCCCAAUCAAGAUAUGUAAAGAAUAUCUCUGUAAGAAUUGUCCAAAAUGCAAAUGUGGUCAAAUAAAGAAAAACUGUAAAUGUGUUUCUGAGAAACAAAAUGGACAUGCUGAAACUACUGGUAAGAAUUCAAUUGGAUGUCAGACAGUCUCAUCAAAAGCAGACAUAAAAGAUGUAGAAAAGAUGUCUAAAAGCUUACAAACCAAAGAUAAACUGUUAACAUUGCACAAGCAUGGAAGGGUUUCACGAGCUACACAGACACACAGGAGACUCAAGUCUGCCCUGAUGGAAUCCGGGAAGCAGGGAGUCCCUACAAGGUCACGGUCAUUUGAACGAACCCGGGAGAUUGUCACCAGAGUCAACCCUCGUCAAAGGAAGUCAUCUGAUAGCGGUCUACCGAACAAAUUCAGUGGAGCACUGACCAUUGCUAUAGAUGAAAACAUGCAGAGUUUAAUGGAGGAUAAAUCCCCUGAGAUGCAGGUUGUUGUCAACUCUUCCACUCCAGUCCUGGAUCGCAGACGCCCAUUCAGACGGGCAAACUCAAUUGAAAAUAGCAACAAAACGACUGAAGCAAGUGAAAGCUCGAAAGUCGAUCAAAAUCAAAAUAUGCAGUGUAACCAAUCCAUCGACUGUAAGGUGAAACCGAGUCGCGAAAACUGCCUUCAGAAACAACUAGUUGAACAAAAUGGCCGCUCACCUAGAAUACCACCUCGGCAUUUGACUAAGAAACCGGGUGAAGAAAGCAUAAUAAUCAGCCCUGAAAUGUCCAGAACAUGGCACGGGAUUACUGGGACUGGUUUUUCAAAACCAUUAGCACCGAAGAUGGGUGUUGGUAUGGUGAGUUCUGAGAGUGCCCCCCAUUUCACUUUGCUCAACAGACGUAAUGCUAGUCUUGCUAAUAUUGGCAAUGGUAUGAUGACUAUGGGCCAAGGUCAAGUUCAUCGAAGUUUACCCCAUAUUUCAAAAUCAUUACUCGAUGCCAUGCAUAAAAGGUAUUGUUCAUAUCAGUAUUCACAACAGCGCCACCUACUGGCUGUUGGAAGACCCCCUGUUAGUACUGAAUCAGUACAAGUAUUACAGCUGCCUCCACCCAUCCCCCCACGGGUAACCCCUGUCGACUCAGACACACCCAUCUCCACCCCAGGGAGCAGCCACCAGUCCUCGCCCCGCUCUCAACACACAGUCAAAGGGGAGGGAACUCCGAACAGCACACCUACAUUGAAAAAGAAACUGAAUACUGGACUCAGCAAGCGGCGACAAGCAGAAAUCGAGGCAAUAGAAGCGUGUAAAUGGCUCCGAGCUGCCGGCUUCCCCCAGUAUGCCCAGAUGUAUGAAGACGGCCAGUUUCCAGUGGAUAUUGCAGUUGUCGAGAGAGAUCACGACUUCCUGGAUCGAGACUCCAUACAGUCACUCUUCAGACGCCUCAACACCCUCAACAGGUGUGCUGUUAUGAAGAUAGAUGCUCAUCCACGUAAAGGGCAUGAAGAUUCAGAUGAUGAGGAUCUGUGUGCACUGAGUAGCCAUUGGGAGUACCAACAGAACAUUCGUCGGUGGUCCAGGAAAGAUCUGGAUUUGGAUACUACUCCACCGACAGUCAAGUCCAGUCUGAGUCACGACAGUCUGCUUGCUGACCAGGACAGCAGUAGUCCUCCAGAGGACAGUCCCGUCCUUGACAGCAAGAUGCCACAUCUCGGGUACACGUUGCCUGACCGGAAGACAUCAACUCCAGAAUCAAACGUCAUCAUCAGUCCGCGUUUGCGAAGAGCAGCCAGUGAGAGAAUCCGAAGUGCCAAGAACCUUUUAAAGAAGAUGGAGAGUUUUAAGACCAAAAGGAAUAAGAAAUUUUCCUCUAAAAACAUUGUUGAAAUCAGUAGUCCAGUUGUGGCAGACCGUGUACACAUGCAAGCAAAGAUUCAGCAUUUGAACUGUGUCGAUAUCAGUCCAACAUCAGAACUGCCUUCAUCCAAUCUUCUGGGUUCUCCAGUUAGUGAUACCUUGUCACCAUUGAGGUCGCCAGGUCCGGCAGAUGCAGACACAUCUGGUACCUCCCUCUCGGACAGUUUGUCCCCAGUGCCAGCUCACCCUGUGUUGGAGAGAUCUGUAAGUGAUAGUGAGAAAUCUAGAAACUCUACGUUCAGUGAGUACUAUACGGCACAUUCGCAACUACUACAGAGCUUGGACUCUGAGCAGAUUCGGAUAAACCAGAGCGUCCGGCGGAACAAUAGUGAUACAAACCUUAUGGAAAUAUUCCUCUUACCUCACGACCACAAACCAGGAAGUUUUCCUAAACGUCUUCAAAAUGGAUAUAUCGACACUUGUGAAGAUCAGGGAAUGAAUUAUCGUACAGGAAGUUUCAGUCUUGGUCGGGAUGGAAGCUACACACAAGAUCCAUUCGUUGACCGCAAUGGACAUAAGCGCCGUGGGUCACAUGACCCAAGUAUGACCAAUCGAAUAAGCAUGUAUGACAAUAUGGGAUCCCCUGUGCGCAGUGCGAGUGAACGAUACGGACAGCGGGUCCGCUUCCGGGAUGGUGUGAGGUCUUUACAAAGAGAACCCUUGAAACUUGAAACGCCAGAAGAACCAGAAGCCCAAGAUGAAGAGCUGUCUUCUGCCAAAGAGGAACUGGACCUUAUCCUCCAUGAGCUGUUCGAGAACAUCAAUGGCCUGAAUGAGGCUAUCUAUGGUAAAACCAACAAUGAGGAAGAGAAGGACACAUCAUUCCUGGAGGUGGAGAGGGCGCCGUCACUGUCGUCUCCGAUGGAGGAAGAUGUGAGCGUGGACCACGAGGAGGAAGAGGUGACACACGACAAUGAUAUCAGCAGUCAGCUGUCCUCAUCACAAGAUGCCAGCGACCAUGAUGACAUUCCAGUCGAGGAGUUAUCCCCUGACGACUCCCUCGACAACAUCGAUGGACGUGAACGCCGAGAUUCCGGUGUAGGGUCAUCUUUGACCAGAGCUCCAAGUGAUAAAAAGAGGAAGAGGAUUCGCUGGCACAGUUUCCAGAAGUGUCAUAGACCGAGCCUCAACAGCCGAGACUUGCAGAUCGCAGCACUCUCAGUCCGUCAACUCAUGGUGCUACGUAAACUGUCCCUCCUCAAGCUGACUGCAAUCAUGGAAAAAUACUCGCCGACCAACAGGACUGGUUGGAACUGGAUGGUGCCGAGGUUCAUGAAGCGCAACAAGACGCCGGACUACAGUGACAAGAAUGUGUUUGGUCUGCCACUCCAUGUGACGCUGCAGCGCAGUGGCCAGCCUCUUCCUCAGUGCAUCCUUUACGCUAUGCGGUAUCUCCGGAAAGCUGCUGGGGACGCACUGGGUAUCUUUCGCAAAUCUGGAGUCCGUUCCCGCAUCCAGAAAUUGAGGAAUGACCUUGAAGCUCAUCCUGAAAUCAUGGACUUUGAGGAGAUGCAGGCCUAUGAUGUAGCAGACGUACUGAAGCAGUAUUUUCGAGAGCUUCCUGAGUGUCUGCUCACAAACAAACUGUCCGAGACCUUCAUCAGUAUCUUUACUCAUGUACCAAGUGCUCUGCGUAUUGAAGCAAUCCAGGCAGCCAUUGUUCUUCUCCCCGAUGAGAAUCGGGAAGUGCUACAAUCACUGCUGCUCUUCCUCAGUGAUAUUUCCCAGCAUGCCGAUGAGCAUCAGAUGACGGCCAGCAACCUUGCAGUGUGUUUUGCCCCAUCCUUGUUCAAUAUGUGCGGAAUCCGAAACAACCAGACGGCAAGUCCAAAGCGGAAUCGCAAGAACCUGGGAGCACCCGAGGCCCGAGACCUGUUGGAACAGAAAGCAGCACAUGAGUGUCUCACUGCCAUGGUCCAGGAGUGCAAGAAAAUAUUCAUGAUUGCACCGUGGGUUUUCAGCAAACUACAUCUGUCCUGCAUGGAGGGGGCCGACCCCAUGCCUUUCGAGGAGUUCUACAAACAUCCACACCAUGAGGGCCCCGACUUCAAGUCUUAUGGAGAGGAGUGCAUUCAGACAAUACUCAAGGAAUCUCACGACAAGAACCGAGGCUGGGUCCUGUUCCUGUCUCAGAAUGGCACGGAAGUCUGCUACAGGAAGCCCACUGACAGCAACCCACUGCGUGAGUGGAAGUGUUCAGUGGAGAUCGAGGCGGCGCCACCUGUGGAGGUCCUCAACAGGGUCCUACAUGAAAGACAUGUCUGGGAUGAAGACCUCUUGAACUGGUCGGUGGUGGAGUCACUUGACAAGCAUGCCGACGUCUUCCAGUAUGUGUGUAACAGCAUGGCACCACACCCAACCCGCCAUUACACUCUGCUCAGAUAUUGGAGGACAGACUUGGUGAAGGGAGCAUGUGCAUUGGUGUCCACAUCGGUGGAACAUCCCGAUGUACAUGAGAUCCAGGGCGUGCAGGCGGUAGAGAUCAUGUCUCACUUCCUGAUCGAGCCGUGCGGGUCUGGGCGUGCCAGGCUCAUCCACAUUACCCGCUCAGACAUGAGGGGCCGCUGCCCAGAGUGGUACAACAAGUCGUUCGGCUACAUCUGCUCCAACUCCAUGGAGCGUAUUCGUGACUCCUUCCGCCAGCAGACCGACCUCCCCGAGACAAACGUCUAGUGCUUUAGUGAACCUUGACAAGGGCAGCCAUUGCCCAGCACAGCGUGUGCCGAUAUUAUGGAUAGACGACUGAGGAUGAAGUCCUUGCUUGAAGUAUAUCUUAAAUGGAGUAGCAGGAAGCCUAGCUGAUAUUAAACGAGCAGACGUAGAUGAGUUUAGAUUGACGUCUGCUUUUGAUGUCUGUUGAAUGAGUAGCAUGCCACCAGGGCUGUGAUGAGAUUUGUGCCUUCCGUAGUCUUGGAGAAAUUGAUAUUGUGACUGAGGAUGAUUCCGGUGUUCAGUUUGUGUAUCAAGGACAAAUUGUGUUCAGCUGAAAGACUUCCGUGGAUUACAAGGGAUGGUUGGCUUCCAAUCCUGCAACUGAAACAUUGCGACAUGUGUAUACAGGACAAUGAACCGAAUCAGUUGUCAAAUAGUGCUUCUGGAUAUUUCUGAGAUUGAUGCUUGAGUGACACUAGUACAUCUGCACAGGACUGCAUCCCGUGGGUUGCCAAGGCAACUGGUGCACAUGGACUGGAUGAUAACACGGCAGCUAGUUGCUUUUCGAAAAAGAAAUCGUUAUUCAGGGCCCUCCAGUUGAAUAGUGUGCCAUGAUAGAAGGGAAAUGUAAUACACUGAGCAUAACUAUUAAGCAUAAAUACAUUGUACAAUUUUGUUAAUAACAUACACAUGUUACUGCUGUAUAUAUUUGUUACAAAGUAUGGAAGACUGAGGAGGACAACAUCACAAGAAUUGUGUUCUAUUUAUAUAUUAAGUAAUGGGCAAUUAUGUCCCAGUUGUGUUCCAUACAUUGUGAUCGAUGGAGUUAUGCUGAUACAAGGGGAGGUAAAUCAUUAUUGUAUUUUUAUUCCAGUUCUGCAUCAGCUCUGUUCUACAAGCUGUAGUACCUAGGGACAGGAGGUGUGUAUGUAUAUUUUGGCAGCAAUGGGGAUCCAUACUAUGUGCGCUGGGACUCCAUAUAUUAGAGUAGAACAUUUCAGUUGGUGCUGUGGAGAAGCCUAAAGACAUAAGAGAUUUUCUGUACCUACCUCAUUAAUUUGUUAAGAAUGUUAAAAGGUUAAAUAAUUAAUAGUCUCUGAAUUGAACUUGAAAUUUCCAUCAAUUUCCAGACGAUUUAGUGCUAAUGUUAGAAUUAAAUUGUUAUUGAAUCAAGGGAAUGGGUAAUCAAAAACCUGCCAGGGCAUUUGAAAUAUCACACUUUCUGUGUUAUAGUGCUAUAUGGAUAUUUCCAUUGUCUUCAUUUCUAGUCGCAGAAUAUUUAGUUUGUAGUGACAUGCAUACAAGAUUGUACACACAGGUUGGAUUGGAUACCCAGUGGAGAAUUGUUUGAAAUAUUUACUCAUAAACUGCUGUCAGUUCAGGCAUUAUACUGCCGAAAAGUAACACUCAUUUCUUCAGCUUUAACUUAUGUAGUCUUGACUAUUCACCAUCCCUGUGAUAUCACCAUUUGAUAUGAGUGAUAUUGCUUACUUCUCCAUGUGAUAACUGUGUAAUGUGUUCUACAUUGUAAUACUGUGACCAUGUAAUACUAAGAGACAUAAUAGUGUACAAUACUGAUAUACACACUGCAUGUCAGUGUAUACCAUCAAGCUACAGGCCAAAGUUGUACAUUUCUAGAUGCCAUGAUACAUGCAUUUAACACCACUGUACCUCUCAUUCACCUGUAUAAUAGCAUCAUCGUCUGUUAAUGUGUACAUCUCAUCAAUCAUAACUCCUAUAUGCUGCCAUUAUUCAUGGCCAUGGUAAAUAAAUAUGAGAAAUAAAAA